CAACAAAAUAAAACAGCACAUCUCUAAUCUCUACUGUACCUAGACAGCCGUGCAACUAUCCACUUGGUGAAGCGCUGUAUUGUCACUGGGUUUUGGCCUCAUUUCGCCUCUAAGGUACUCGUGCCUCGCCUCGCCUCGCCUCGCCUCUAUUCUCCUUGACGUCUUUCCCUACCUACCUACCUUAGGACCUUUACACUGGGCCCGGCCGGACUUCUCCCGGACAAGCCUCACCUCACCUCACCUCACCUCACCUCACCUCACCUCACCUCACCUCAUCUCACUUCCUUGUUUCCCUGCCUUCAGCGCAGGACGACAUCCCACGACACGGACGGACGUUCUCUGUUCUAUUCUAUUCCGAUUCUGAUUCUGAUUCUGUUCUGCUGCCCUGCUGUUUCUGCUCCACCUACCUGCGCCUGCGCCUGCAGCUAGAGGUAGUUUAAGUUAGCCGACUCGACCUCCUCUACACUCUACAGUACUCUUCCCUACCUACACACCUUACUGUAUUCAAUUCAGAAGGCGUCAAGCUCUCGAUCCUUCUCAUCCCCUCCCUGCCCUCCGUCUAUCUUAGUAAUUCGCCUUCUUCCUACCCUCUCCUCCCAACCUCCACAACUACACCGAUCUGAAUGUCUGUUACUCAUCAGUAAUAAUUUCUGUUCCUGGCUUGCGUCAAAUCUCCUGGAAACCAGCGCCGUGCUGUGUAACAGAGGAGAGGCAAUGGCUUCGGCUGGGGAGGAUGUAUACGCGACUCUGCUUCUGAACGACUUCUACCUUCCAGGUAAGACUGGCUGCCACAGUUCGAUAGACUAUUACUUACUGGAGCUUCAAAUGCAGGUGCUCUAGUGUUGGCGCAUUCCUUACGAGAUGCUGGCACUACCAAGAAAUUGGCCGUACUGGUCACCACUGAAUCAAUCUCUGCAGAUGCGAUGGUCCAGCUUCAGAAACAAUUCGACUUUAUCAUUCCUGUCGAACGAGUUGUCAAUCAGUCACCGGCCAAUCUGCACCUCAUGAAUCGACCUGAUCUACAUUCGACCUUCACCAAGAUAACGCUGUGGAAGCAAUUGCAGUUCCGCCGGAUUGUGUAUAUGGACUCAGAUAUGGUUGCUCUGCGUGCUCCAGACGAGUUGUUUGACUUGCCUCAAGCCUUCUCUGCGGCUCCUGACAUUGGAUGGCCUGACAUCUUCAAUUCAGGUCUGAUGGUAUUGAAUCCGAACAUGGGUGAUUAUUAUGCUUUACUCGCCAUGGCAGAGCGGGGGAUAUCGUUUGAUGGUGCAGACCAAGGCCUCUUGAACAUGCACUUCAAGAAUAACUUCAAUCGCUUGAGUUUUACUUAUAAUGUCACUCCCUCAGCUCACUACCAGUAUUUACCAGCAUUUCAACAUUUUCAAUCGAGUAUCAGUGUAGCACAUUUCAUUGGCCAGGAAAAGCCUUGGAGCCAGGGAAGGGAAGCGCAUAAAGGCUCUACUCCUUAUGACCAGAUGGUGGGCAGGUGGUGGUCAGUCUAUGACCGACACUACAAAGAAUCGUCCGUCCGAAAUAGCGCGGGAGGUUCUUCGUUGAUUGUGCAAUACCAUACGAAGGGAGAGUUCCUUCCAAUCGUGCCCAUAGUCUCGAGUGGGCGCGAGUAUCAAUCUGAUGAAACUGAUAGUGAGAUAUUCCAUCCGACCGCCGGAGGGCCGUUGCAUGAAACAACAUCAGAAAUUCUGGAAGAAGUGGAAGAAGCUUAUGUUCCGCCAGUUGAAACAGACCUGGAUAAGGGCGACGAGCCAGAAGCUCAACAUGAGAUCCAGUACUCCGCAUGGGAUGCCAGCAGAGCCCCUCCACCAACGGACUCUAAACCAGAGGCUUCGAAUUUCCCAGCGACACACUAUGACAUGUCUUCCGACUUGACUCCGUUCAAAGCCCCUGAGCGCUAUCCUGAUCCUCCAAAGAAUAUGUACUAUGAAGUGCCAAAAACACCAAUGUACCAAAAGCCGGCACCUAUAUUCCCAUGGGAGAUGAACGCCCCCAAGCCUACAAGGGUUUUUCCUGACGAUAACGUACCAUUGGAUACUGAACACCCCGAUAGCGGCGAUCCAGAAUCUGCACUAGGAGUGGAGGAGCGAGACAAUACUCCUACCACAGUCACUCCUACUACUCCUACCAUCUCACUCACGCCUGCUGAUCCUUGGCAGACUUACACGCGUGGGAAUGCUUGGGACGACAUCCCCGAGAUCGAACGAUACAUUGGAAAUCUGCAAAAAAAUCGGAAGGGUAAUAUCCAGGUACUUCAGGGGUACGGCUCAGGUAUAGAACAGGUGUCCAGUCUGGGUGCGAGGAGACACAGUAUGAGGCUCACAGACUUCCCUUCAGAGCUUGAACGGCCUAGUCUGCCCGUGACUCCUGCCCCGAUUCGGAGACCUAGUUUUUGGGGUGAAGAGAGAGACAAGGAGGGUGAACUACCAGCCGCGGAGGGAGUUCCUUCGCAGGAGGACUGGGAUCCGGUGGUACAGCUGGAGCAGCUAGCUCGACGACAGUCAGACGUGCUAGCACAUAAGUUAGGAACAGAUGGCAGCCCUGCACGAGAGAUUCCCCUAAGGCCCCUUCCCUACGGUUCAGAAGGGGUUGUCUCUCCAACUUAUGUAGCUCAGGCGCCGCCUAGCGGCAGAACAGAUUUGAACGAUGUUCCCAGAACUGCCGUGGAGGAACCUAGUUAUCAUGGACCAGGAGCAAUGUGGGAGAAGGAUGAGACAUUUCCGUCAAAUGAGCCCCUCAAGGACCGAGCGAAGAAGAGCGAGAUGUGA